CAAAAAUUAGCGAGCGAGCCAGCAGUUGCCAGGUCCUCUUCCCAUUCACAACACAGAUAGCUGGAACAUUAGCUCGCAGAUAGGUAGCAGUGCAUUCAAUCUUUAAAACAAAUGUUAAAUUUGUUGUAACUUCAAACCCUACGUGCCUUCUAUUGAAAGAUUCAAACUUAUAUGACUUUAUCUGUGCAGUUUUCAUGGUUACCACGAGGAAAAGAAGGAUUUUCCUUUAGGAAAUUAGCUAACCUUAGCUAGGCAAUUAGCAACAGUGACUGGCGUCUCUUCUUAACGCGGAGGAAGGAUGCAGAUAUUUGACUGUUGGUAAUGAGGUCAAAUGUUGUAACGUGGUUUUACAGUUGCCACAUAUGUUGAAGACCUGUCUCUGAAACUACAAAGCCUAAGUGAGAAAAUUGACCUGACAUCGCCACAAUGUUGGAAGAAGACAUGGAAGUGGCCAUCAAAGUGGUGGUGGUCGGUAACGGAGCUGUUGGCAAGUCCAGCAUGAUCCAGCGUUACUGCAAGGGCAUUUUCACCAAGGACUACAAGAAGACAAUCGGAGUGGACUUCCUGGAAAGGCAGAUUGUUGUAAACGGAGAAGAUGUGCGACUGUUGCUGUGGGACACAGCUGGGCAGGAGGAGUUCGAUGCUAUCACUAAGGCUUACUAUCGAGGUGCACAAGCAUGUGUGCUGGUCUUUUCAACAACUGACAGGGAGUCGUUUCAGUCCAUCGAGACCUGGAAGGAGAAAGUCGAAGCAGAAGUCGGCGAUGUUCCUACAGUUCUGGUGCAAAACAAAAUUGACCUCCUGGAGGAGACUGUCAUAAAAAAUGAGGAAGCAGAGGCUUUGGCUAAGAGACUUAAGCUGCGGUUUUACCGUGCUUCAGUUAAAGAGGACCUAAACGUGACUGAGGUUUUUAAAUUCUUAGCUGACAAGUAUCUCCAGAGACUGAAACAGCAAACGGCAGAGGAGACGGAGGUGAUCCACACUACAAGCAAUAAAAUAGGCGUUUUUAACACAUCCAGUAGUAACGUCUGCAAUCAGAACUCCAGCAACGGCAGAGAAGUCAUCACUUUGCGGCCCAAUAAGCAACGGACCAAGAAGAGUAAAAAUCCCUUUGGAAGCUGCAGCCUUCUUUAGAGAAGACCCUAAAUGACUGGCCUUUUUUUCUGAUUUUAACUUGAUCAGCCAUUGCUAUGAUUAUGGAGGUACCAAAGUCCACACCAACUGGAACAGAUGUAUGUAACUGCUUUUCUGCAAGGCCCGGUAAUCUGUAUUAUAAAUUUGCUCUACCUAAGUUUUCAGCAUUGGAAGAUCUGUGCACAAAAGCUUUUUUUGCGUGCAGCUGCAUCCAAAGUUUGCGUUUUAAAGACCCACUCUGAUCAUCUUUUGAUGCAUUUUCAAAGUGGUCUUUUAGUUAUGAUUGUGCUGCUUUUUUAGCCAGAAUAAAAAAAUAUUAAGUUUUCUUGGACAUAGUUUCUGCAUAAUAGCAGCCUCACAACAGCUCGUUUUUAUCUGCUCUUGAUUCACAACAAUUUCAAUAAUUAAUAUUCAGAAAUGCAAUUUUGAGCUUAAUUUUUACCAUUUAUGUCCUACAUCAUCAGAAAAAAGCCACGUAAAAAACACCUUUUUUUCAGAGUGGGUCUUUAAAAAAUACUGCCACAAACUUCUGCUUCCAUAAACAGACUGAAAUGUGUUAAAAAAAAAAACAAGAAUAAUUUGCACUCAUGGAAAUAUUUGCUCCCAUCUGUGGUUUUUGACCAUCACCCAUUGCUGUGUUUGUGCAAUAUGUUUGCAUGGAUUGUUAAGAGUUGCGGUCAUUUUUGUACCAUAUUUUUCUAUUGGCCCCCAGAAUAUGGUCCAACAGUCGAUCCCCUGUAUAGCUCGAGACAAAUCUGUCCCUAUAAGUAUUUUUGUACGGAGCUCAACGGCGUUGAUGGAGAACUGGUGCCAAAUGUCCUUUUCCUUGGCUGUGAUUGUGGAUUAAGUCUGCGGUGAUUUGGAUGUAAUGAAAUGUACAGAAUGUGUUACCAAGUAUCAUUACUUACCUAAACAGAAAUAGAUUUACUCAUUUUCUCUCUUCAGUUAAACAAAUAAUGCUCGCGUCAUAAAUCCACAUUUAUCGCAAGUGUUUACACUUUUUUUUCCAUUUAAUUAGUCUGUUUUCUUGCGUAAAAUGGUGUAAACUCAAGGGUCUUUUUUUUUUUUUUUUUUACUGUUAAUGGUUCAGAAAGAGUAAAGACAAAUCUGAAGGUGCAAACAGUUCAUCGAUCACGUCUGUGCCUGUGGCAUAAAAAUCAAAGCAGAAUGUAAACUCUUAAAAGGUAUUAAAAUAAAAGACCAACAGGACUGAAUAUUAUCAGAAUAGAUUUUGAAAGAAAUGUGUUUUUACUUAAAAAGACUGAUAAAAGUAUAGUCAUAAUCUCAGCUGCAAACUAUAAGUGUUAUGCCUUUUUUGCCUCAAAAGUUCCUUUUUCUUCCUGCAGGAGUAAUUCAAAUCGAACUAACCAAGCACAACGACAUAUGUGAUUAUGUGAGAGACUAAAGAUUUCAUUGAUGAUAACUGUUGUUUACAUAGGAAUAGGUCAUGAAUUUAGGAGUUCAUACGCACAGAAGCAGUUUAUGUUCUUUAUUUUUGAGAGGAAAGAGAAGGUGUUUUACAGUUACUGGAACGUUCUGGCUUCCCACCACAUUUGGUUUUGUGUAAACUUUACUUUUUCUGAGGUAAAGUACAAAGUAGGGAAAUUCCUGUGCUGCAUGCAAGCCUUCUUUCCUCGUCAGCGAAUGUUUAACUAUUGCCUUGUUUUCUUCAUUCAUUUACUUUUUUUUUUUGCAUCGUCUCAAAAACUCCAUCUGUAUUUAAAUCUCAGUGUUUACUUUUGCAUUUUGACUGAAUGGAUUUAUUGCACUUUAUCAAUAUUAUUACAUUUUAAUCUAAAAAAAAAAAAUCUGCAAAUGAACUUAGCCAUCCCUAUGUGCUUCUACUCAGGUGUUUUAACCUUUUUUGUGCUUUUUUUCUAUACAUAAUGGCUUACCAGUAAAUGAAUUUCACACUGACAGACAUCGGCAUGUUUUCACUUUAAUAUAUUCGACACAUCUUGAAUUUUCUUUGCAGAAUUGCGUAUCAGCCUGAGGUCUGCCACACAAAGUGGGUGCCUGUGGGUGAUCUGUGGGAGACUAUUUGAUGGCAAUCAGACAAAUAAAAAAAAAAAACUGCUGA